GUGGCGCUGCGUGCCUACCAAACGAUGAAACGACAAGCCAACGAGCACCCUGAGGCACCUCCAGCUGAGAUACUACGCCAACAUUUGCCAGAGGUACCGAAGGAAGCUCUGCCGUAUCUUCCUGAAAGACACACGACGAAGAGGACGUUCAACAGAAGGAGGCAAGGAAAGUUCCCUGACAACCCCAAGAGCCUUGAAGAUCUCGGCGAAAUUCCUCCAGAAUUUGCAACUACGUUGAGAGGGAAGCCGUUCUUGCUGUACGACUCCUACGACGACGACGACGAGGAGGACAGCGAUGAUGGGCAAGAGAACCGACGGCAGAAGCGAAUAUAACUUUUUGCAUCAAAGGCUGAUCUGAAAAAGCUCUCAAGGCUGGCUUUUCCAAACGCAGAAGAAAGAUUGUGCCUGUUCCACCUGCGCCAAUCAUCGUUCAGGAAAAUCCAGG